AUGCCCCCCAAGAGGCAGGCCACGCAUAUGUCGCUGGUCAAGAGUCCAGGUGGAAGCGUCAGAUUGUCCCAGCAGGCGGUCUCUACCCUGUCGACACAGACGAACCCUCGCUCUAGCAGCCCAGGUUCUUCAAUCAAGUUCGGCGGCGACAAGUCGGACACGUCGAUGGGACACAACCCUUCCGACGACCUAGAUGAAAGCGAAGCUGAAAUCCGAGUCGGAGGUUACACUUCGUCGACGAAGGCAGCACCAACUACCGACUCAUCUCCCGGAGCGCGUUCCAACAACACUUGGACACUUGACGCCAUAACUCUUGAAGACACCAUGCCCAUUCCCCAGGAAGUUCCCGAUAUGGCUGCUCUACGUUCAACACCACCCAGUUUCUUGCGCGAUGGAAUUGAAGAAAUGCGAUCACCCGAGGAGAUACUAGACAUUGAGCAGCAACGCAGCUUUCAGGCCGAAAAUGAAGCCGAUGGAGAUGCUGCCAAUAUGGAAGAAGACAACGAAUAUGCCAGUCUUGAGGAGGAAGAUGUCGAUAUCAGCGACUACCAGGAUGACUCUGAAGCCAGAAGUGAGGGUGAGGAAUCGUAUCACCCAAGCAAGGCUGAAGCCACACGUUCCAAGAAGGGCGUUACGAGCAAAGCAGUGGCACCAAGACAGGCAAAGAAAGCUGCCACAACUACCAAGCCAAAGGGCGCGACCAAAAGGCCAGUUGCUCGAAACACACGUGCAGGUAAGACACCUGCACGGCAGAAUUCAGAUGAAGAUGGCAGUGUUGACAAUAAGGGGGCAGCACCAGGACCGAAUAUGGCCAGAAAAAUCUACCAAAAGCGAGCAGUAAACGUGACUGUCGAGAAAGUUGUCCCUUCUACACAAGCGCAGGAUGGCGCUCGCACCAAGACUUCGGCCAGGAGAGCGGCAAAAAAAUCUUUUCUUGACGACGCCGAUGAAAUCUUAGCCGAGGAUUCACAAUUGGCAGCGGCGAAAGCAGCAGCCGAAGCACAUACAGCCUCGAAAAGUACUGGGAACUGGGCGCCUGAAAGCAAGCAACAUAAUUCAGUACAAUGCUCCAAAGUCCCUGAUUCAGAACAUAAAACGAAGACAAUUGAUGGCAGACCAGAUGACGUCUAUGAUAUCGAACUCUCACCAGACCCUCCUAAAUCUCGAUCGCAGCCAGGCGAGCUACCGACCAAGGCCCCAGCCAAUAAGCGUGCUCAAAAACCCUCGGUGAAUGAUACUGCUCGUCCUACAAGAGGCGGUGGUCGAGCAGUUCGCGGAGGUCGUGGCGGUCGUGUAUCCCGCGGACGACAAAAGUCACAACCCAUGGCCCAGCUAGAAACCACGACGGAGGACUUGGAAGUAGAGGACUUGAAAGAGGCUGGGAAUGAAGAUCGCAUUCCGUCGCCAAAUUCAAAGAAGAAAAGGGGCCCUGCUGUGAAUGGAUCCAAGUCUCAGAAGGCGAGUGCAGCUGAACGACCCCCCGGGAAAGUCCAGUCCAAGCCAGAUAUUGUGCAUUUCGAUCCCCAUGUCGGCGCGAUGCGACCAGUACAGUCCGACGAGGAUCAAGCCGCCGAAGAUGAGCCCUUGCAAGGCUCCGAUGCCCUCAUGGAUGAUAAUAUCCAAGACGAUGACGAGGGGCUGCAGAUCGAUGAAGAAGCCGAGUUCCAGCAUAAUAAAACCCUUUCCACCAGGGCAGAUUCUCCUCAGGAAAACAGAUCCCCUGCACCCCGGAAAGCUCCAGAGGACGCGCCUUCUAAUAUGUCAGGCAAACCAUCGAACAAGCUCCCAUUCCGAAGACGAAGAUCAGCUCGAACUUCUCUCAUAGACGAUAAGACAGAAUUUGUCGACGCAGAUUCCUUGGAAGAGAAGAAUUCAAACGAUGAGUAUCCCCUUGCGGGCAACAAGAGCAACACACCUGCAAUUAUGGAGGCGAAUGCAGAUGGGCAAGAUUAUCCAGAGAUCAACGUAGAAAGUCCAAAAGCUCUCAAGCGCAAGCGAGGCCUCGCUGCAGAUAAUGAGAAGCCCUCGGAAGCGAAAAAGAGAAAGAAGCAAUCUGAACACCAAGGCACUCCUGCUCGUCCAUUAGAGAAUGAGGCGCCAGCUGCACCACAGCCACAGAGGCAGAUUUCAAUAAGCAACACCGGUAGUCCAAUCAAAGUCCCGGUUCUUCAACAUCUACUAGAUAAAGAAGGUCCAAUUCCAGUUCAGCUCGACACUCAACCUCGAAAGGCAUCAGAAACCGUUCAGAUAUCAGAUGACAGCCCCUCGUCGGGAGAUGCAAGCAGCGUUGGAGCUGACGCACCCACGCUAACUCUUCCAACGGACAAUAAUGGACAUGUGAAAUCGCGUCACGCUGCAGAUUCAAACAUUGGCCACAUUGGCCAUACUCUGCGUGAAAAGGUUGACAAAGCCUCUCAAGGAUCGCAUGCUAAGGAGAAUACGCAAAAGCUUCCAUCGGAUUUCAACUAUCCGCAGGUUAGAAGAACUAAUCAACGACAGCCCCUGGCGGAGAUUGAGCUACCGCCUUCCAAUGGACAAGAAAAGGACGUUCUCCAGACGAGUAAGCCCAAUGCCCAAUUACAAAUAGGCAACUCUGAUAGAUCUGCAUUGAACCCGGUGGCCAAUGGUCCUGUGCCUCAAGCCCACCACAUACCCUUCCCAUCGAAUCAGGUUCUCUUCCAACAGAUCCAGAGCAAGCAGCGGAACAAUGACCUUGUGGGUGCUAAAUUUUCUGGAAAAGAGCCAUUAGACUCGGGCGAAGACCGACCAACUUAUUCGCAACAGAAUCAUCAAAAUGCCAACAAUGAUGUUUUUACCCAUUACAAUGCUGGUCCAAGUCGGCGAAACUUGUUCUAUCCGUCUGACUUACCACACGAGGUUGAAGAACACACUGGCCAUCAGUCAUCACAAUCUGCUCAUCCACGAUCGCAAGCAUUUGAAAAGAGGUUGGCCGAUGAACGACAAUUUGCUCGUGCAAGCCAUGCCCAGAAAAGCGAGGACAAUGGUUCCUCCGGUGACAAGCUUCCCGGGUUUCGGAUGGAGCGGGGAGAUGUAAUGGCGGACAUGCAUCCCAAAUCACAAGUAUUCGCCAAUGGACUGUUACAAUCUGAACAGUCACGCGACAACCACAGAAUGGUCGGCGCAUAUGGACAUUCUGGGACCUUUGACGUCGGUCGCUCGUACCGACACACCAAGGUCACUAAUGAGGCCCACAAUAGCCAACGCCGCUGGAAGACUGCAGUCGAUGCUUCUUCACGUGGUCUGGCUGAUACUAUGCAUGAUAUCACAGUCGUCAUGCUGCGGCACUUGAGCUCGAAGGAAGAUGCCAUUGUCAAAGUUCCAGUGGAGUACAGACAAAACGGCAAAAAGAUUAUAUCCAGUCUUCUCCAGCGACAGCACAAAGAACGCAAAAAUACCUUUGACUCCUUUGAACAGGGUUGUCGCCGUCUCCUUCAAAUUUACGAUGAUGCUUUCAAGGCAACAAAGGCCGCUAAGGAAGGCCUGUCUUCCAGGCGCAUGCGCAUUGUUGAGUUGGUAAAGCAAAAACAGGAUCGCCUACUUACUGUUCAGCAAGUUAUUCAGAAAGCGAGGGACGACAUCAAUAAGGCUUGA